GAUUUUUUGGUUGGUGGUGGUGCGAUCGGGGGCCGCGGCAAUCUAACGGCUUGCUCGUUUUUUUCUCUCGUUCUUUCUCGUGCUCUGACUGCACUGACUCAACCACAAAAACCUACUCUUCUCCUGCCAACACCCACCCCCCGAAAGCCAACCCAUUCUAUCCAGCAAGCAAGCAAGCAUCGUGUCUUUCUAAGCUUUUUGCUUCCACUAUCCACUCCCUCAAUCCAAGAGAUCCCUCUCGAGCGCACUCAUCUCACUCUUAACGGCACACAUUCACCACCUCCGCCACAAUGCUCCGGUCACCCGCCCGGGCGUCGAUUCGAUGCCUCUCACGAAGCCAGAUUGUAAGGUCUGCUACGGCCAACACCACAAAGUUCUUCCAGACUUCCACUGCACCGGCAGCUAUUUCGCCGUACAACAGACCAGCUGGCGCUGCUGAGCUCCCAAAGCGCACCCGGAAACAAUCGACAGCCACUGCUCCCGCUACAAGACCUAUUCCUUCACCGGCCUUCAAUGCUAUCCCCGAUACACCGGCGGCCACGCAUAAUGUCCACCCUUUGCGGGGGAGCAAGCAGCCCGAGAUGGAUGACUCUAUGGUGGGAAUGUCGGGUGGUGAAAUCUUCCACGAGAUGAUGCUGCGGCAUAACGUGAAACACAUCUUUGGUUACCCUGGUGGAGCCAUCUUGCCUGUGUUCGACGCCAUCUACAACUCCAAGCACUUCGAGUUCAUCCUGCCCCGACACGAGCAGGGUGCUGGACACAUGGCGGAGGGCUAUGCUCGUGCGUCUGGAAAGCCCGGUGUCGUCCUUGUGACAUCCGGCCCGGGUGCUACUAACGUUAUCACCCCCCUCCAGGAUGCACUCAGCGACGGAACACCGCUUGUCGUCUUCUGCGGGCAGGUCCCGACCACGGCGAUUGGUACCGACGCUUUCCAGGAGGCUGAUGUUAUCGGUAUCUCGCGUGCGUGCACCAAGUGGAACGUCAUGGUCAAGAAUGUUGCCGAGCUUCCUCGGCGUAUCAACGAGGCGUUCGAGAUCGCCACUUCCGGACGACCCGGUCCUGUCCUCGUCGAUCUGCCCAAGGAUGUCACUGCUGCCAUCCUGAGACAACCCAUCCCCUUAGCCUCCAACCUGCCUGCCAACCCCUCCGCCGCUUCCGUCGCCGCGCGCGCCUUGAACAAGGAGCACUUGGACGCUACCAUCAAGAAGGUUGCGGAUCUCCUCGCUGUCGCCAAGAAGCCCGUGAUCUACGCCGGCCAGGGUAUCCUCCAGAAGCCUGAGGGCCCUGCCCUGCUUCGCGAGUUGGCGGACAAGUGUAAGAUUCCUGUCACGACCACUUUGCAGGGACUCGGUGCCUACGAUGAGCUCGAGGAGAAGUCCCUGCACAUGUUGGGUAUGCACGGAUCUGCCUACGCCAACUUGGCUAUGCAGGAGUCGGAUUUGAUUCUCGCUCUCGGUGCCCGUUUCGAUGACCGUGUCACUGGAAACAUCGCCAAGUUCGCACCCCAGGCUAAGGCUGCCGCCGCUGAGGGACGUGGUGGUAUCAUCCACUUCGAGAUCAUGCCCAAGAACAUCAACAAGGUUGUCCAAGCCACCGAGGCCGUUGAGGGUGAUGUCGCCGACAACCUCGCCCUUUUGAUCCCCCAGCUCAAGGCCGUCGAUAGCCGACAGGAAUGGUUCGCCCAGAUCGCCGACUGGAAGAAGCGCUACCCUUUCGAGUUCGAGCGUGAGACUCCCGGAGGACCGAUCAAGCCUCAGACCGUCAUCCAGGAGAUCUCGAAACAGACCGCCAGCUUCAAGAAGGACGUCAUCAUCACCACCGGUGUCGGUCAGCACCAGAUGUGGACUGCCCAGCACUUCCGCUGGAGACACCCGCGGUCGAUGGUCACCUCUGGUGGUCUGGGAACCAUGGGCUUCGGUCUCCCCUCUGCCAUCGGUGCCAAGAUCGCCCGCCCCGACGCUAUCGUGAUCGACAUUGACGGCGAUGCCUCGUUCAACAUGUCGUUGCAGGAGUUGUCAACGGCCUCCCAGUUCAACAUUGGUGUCAAGAUCUUGGUUCUGAACAACGAGGAGCAGGGAAUGGUCACUCAGUGGCAGAACUUGUUCUACGAGAACCGAUUCUCGUGGACCCAUCAGUCCAACCCCGACUUUGUCAAGCUGGCCGAUGCUAUGCACAUGACUGGUAUGCGGUGUGACAAGCUGGAGGAGCUGCCCGCCACCAUCAAGAAGUGGCUCGAGACCGACGGCCCCGUGCUGUUGGAGGUUGUCGUUGACAAGAAGGUGCCCGUCCUGCCUAUGGUGCCCGCCGGCAAGGCUCUGCACGAGUUCCUGGUGUACGACCCCGACACUGAGGUUUUGCGGAAAAAUGCUUUGAAGCUGCGGUACCCCGAUGGAAAAUACCACGAGGCCCCUAAGUCUGACUGAUUGAUCUGAUUGGGCUCUGGAUAUGUUGUCGUUUUCCUAUCGAAAAGUACUAUCGUCGUCUGCAUACCAUUUUCUGUACAAACAUUUCUAUUUUCUUCCUUUUUUUUCUUUCACUUUACUACAGCGAUUUGGGAUUUGGUUUCGGGAUUGAUGUUAUGCUGCUUG